GGACGCGUGACCGGAAAAGGUUUAAACAGCACCAGAAUGAACUUUCACUCACUCCGCAGUCUGAUUCAAGCAAUGCAGAGAGUAAGUUGUUUGAAAAGUACCUGGAAGCUGUUGGAAUCAAGCAGCCAAGGAGCAGCAAGACGACAUUACAGCCAUGGCUCAAUCGGUCUCCUCUUCGACAUCGAUGGCGUGCUGGUGCGCGGUCGGACACCCAUCCCUGCGGCCAAGCAGUGUUUCAGGAACCUCGUGGACCACCAGGGCAAAUACAAAGUACCUGUGGUGUUUGUCACCAAUGCCGGAAACUGCGUGCGGCAGACCAAAGCGGAGCAUCUUUCGCAUCUGCUUGAAGUGGAGGUGUCACCAGACCAGGUGAUGCUGUCCCACAGUCCUUUGCGAAUGUUCUCCCAGUUUCACCAAAUGUGCGUGCUGGUGUCAGGACAAGGUCCUGUUGAAGAGGUGGCUCACAUGCUGGGCUUCCAGAAUGUUGUCACCAUAGAUAAUCUCAGAAAGGGCUAUCCUCUACUUGAUAUAGUGGAUCACAACAGAAGACCAAAAGACGGUAUUCUUCCAACUGAAGGUUUACGGCCAAUAGAUGCUGUCAUCUUAUUUGGUGAGCCAAUUAGAUGGGAGACCAACCUCCAGCUUAUUGUUGAUGUCCUCCUAACAAACGGAAAGCCAGACAGGAAUUGGAAUUCUGUGCAGUAUCCUCACAUUCCGUUGCUGGCCUGUAACAUGGACCUGCUGUGGAUGGCUGAGGCCAAGAAUCCCAGGUUUGGACACGGUAUGUUUCUGCUGUGCUUGGAGAGCCUGUACAAGAAGUUGACGGGUCAUGACCUCAAAUACGAGGCUCUGAUUGGUAAACCCAGCGUAGUGACUUAUAAUUAUGCGGAGCUGCUGAUCAGGAAGCAGGCUGAGAGACUUGGAUGGGCCACACCUGUGAGGAGACUGUACGCAAUAGGUGAUAACCCCAUGGCUGACAUAUACGGCGCCAAUCUCUACAACCGCUACCUCCGGGCUGCUCGUAAUUCUCUCGAGGCCUCUAAAACGACGUCGACGGAAUUGGGCGGCGCGCCCGGUGUGUUUGGGGCAAGUGGGGAUCUGCCCGAGGCGUGCCACUCCAUUCUGGUGUGUACAGGAGUUUACAGCAAAGAGGAGGCGCUGCCGUCGGACACGGCGCACACGGUAACCGAGCAGCGCAUCUUCCACGGCCACAGGGACUUUUGCUUUGACCCCAGCCUUACACAGCCGACCUACGUGGUGCAGGAUGUCAAAGACGCCGUAGAGUUGGUGUUCCAGCAGGAGGGAUGGCCCCUGGAUUAGUUGGCCCAUGAUGAAUGACGUUAAGAGGUCGAAACACAAGGGUAUAUUUUUUACAAACAAAACAACAAUAUCCUCUUUUUCACAUUUUAAAGCAAACUUGGCCAUAUGAGAGUUAUUACUACUACUGCCACUACUCCCAAACUCAAUCCAGACUAAAACAACACAAACUGACAAAAACAGCUCUUUGAUGGAUUUCGGAAAUCAGAUGCAUAAGAUGAUUUAUAUUUACCCAAUAGAUCAAUGUAAAGAUUUCAACCCCAAACCUCAGAACUGUGAGGUAGAUAGUGUGAGCACUCGAGCACUCGUGCUGCCGCUGCAGUCUUCCUCUUCACUACAUUUCAUGUUUGCACAUCAAUGUGAUGUGGAGCUGGAUCCUCUCCUGACAUUUACAGUCAUGCCACAUAUAGAGACAAGAAAACCAUUCUCACUAACAUUUACACUGUCGCUGGAGAAGAACCUGAAACCGCAACGCCUGCACAGACGCCAGGUGAGUAAACCGCCACGCUCUGUGACAAAUGUGGUUACUUACCUUUGUGCCGCCCAGUUUACAUCAGAAUUGUUAUAACAGCCAUGGAUUUAUAUGCAGUUUUCCUACAUUCAGACACACUAACUAAUCUGAACGAAGAUGUAUUUUAUUAUCUCCACAAACGUCAUUUUUGCAUGAUUGUGUUGCCGCAGUUACGCAUACAGGCUCAACAGUCAUUUUGAGUUUAGUCAACUGUUUGGUGAUAUUAUCUUGCAUAACGUUUAUAUAUGUUAUUACUAAACCUUUGAAAGGACAUUUCUGAUUGUUGAUUUGUCACUUUCAGUGAUUUUGAAAAAGACAUUAAACACAUUGGUCAAUGUAGUUCAUACA